GCGGCGGGCGCCGGCCCGCGCAGCGGCUUCUUCCUGAGCCUACGGCAGCGCGAGCUGCGCGUGCUGCGCUGGAGCCCCCGCGACGAGCGCGUGGAGCCGGCGCCCGCGGCCGCCGAGGAGAGCGAGGCCAUGAGGGCGAACCUGCAGGAGCUGGACCGCUUCCUCGGGCCCUACCCGUACGAGACACUGCGGAAAUGGGUCUCCCUGAGCAGCUUCAUCAGCGAGGCAGUGGUGCAGGAGCUGCAGCCGGAGAGCGGGCAGAUCUGCGCCUUCUCCGAGGUGCUGCCCGUGCGGGCCGGCACGCACAGCAAGGACCGCGCCGAGCAGAACCUGCCGCGCUACGACAGCGAGCCCCGGAGCUACGCGGAGGGCCUGGCGCGGCUGCCCGCCAUGCGGCCGCGCGCCGGCACCGAGAUCCGCUUCACGGCGCUGCCCGCGCACGCGUUCCCCGAGGGCGCGAGCCCGCAGGAGGUGACCCGGCACUGCCUGGACCUGAGCUACGCGCUGGAGACCGUGAUCGCGCAGCGCUACCCCGGCCAGCCCCGCCGCUUGCUGGCGGAGUUGCAGUUUGCUUUCAUCUGCUUCCUGAUUGGGAAUGUGUACGAUGCAUUUGAGCACUGGAAAAGACUCUUAAAUAUCUUGUGUCGCUCCGAAGAUGCCAUAGGGAAGUAUCAAGACCUUUACACCAACCUCAUUUCAGUGCUGUAUCACCAGCUCAAUGAGAUCCCAGCUGAUUUCUUUGUGGACAUUGUCUCCCAGGACAACUUUUUAACCAGCACCUUACAGGUGUUCUUUUCCUGCAUCUGCAAUGCUGCCGUUGAUAGGACACUAAGGAAGAAGGCUGAAAAAUUCAAGACUCACCUGACAAAGAAAUUCAAAUGGGACUUUGAGGCAGAGCCUGAGGACUGCGCUCCCGUCGUGGUGGAGCUUCCCGAAGGAGAGAAGCUGGACUGA